AUGGACGGUGCACCAUAUCUCGACUCCGGAUUCGGUUACCCGCCGACUCCGUCCUACAACGGCUCAUACGCCAACUCGCCCUUCUCGGUAGCAUCCGAGCUCGAUUUCGACUCCAAGUUUAAUACCGACGAAUACGACCCGGCUGCGUACGACAACCCAGGCAGUGCAGGACUCUUGACUUUUAACGACUCGCUCGGCAUGUUCAAUAACGACUCUACUCACGUCGCCGUCUCGGUCACUCCCGCGCUUGACGACGCUCUGUCGCCACAGUACUACGAUCACUCCAGCCCCGCGUCCAGCAACGGCGGCGAAACCAGCGACAUCGCGUCCUCCGUAUCCUCCCACCACCGCCAGCUCUCCCAGACCCAGAGCCCGAAUCUCAACUUUGUCGGCCUGCACGUCGGGGACAGCCCGUACAUGAGCAAUAGCAACGCGCCAUCGCCGCCCCAGCUCGUGAUUCCCAACGAGCGGCCUGGCUCCUCCCAAGCGCCCGCGAUCAAUGCUCCCGAGGGCAACGGUGCCGGCGACGGCGGUCCUCGCCUGCAUAUCGUCCCCGCCACUCCUAUAUCGGGCACCGAUCCUCCCCAGCAGGCGGCCUUUGCCGGCGGUUCGUUGCUCGGCACCCAGAACCAGGCUCCCGCAUACGCCUCGGCAAACGCCGGAUCGUCCGUAUACGACAAUCUCCAGUCCAACGCCUUCGAUCCGGCCCCGUUCACGUUCCCGCCCUCUGGCUCGGGCCAGCAGCAGAGCGGGCGCCCGAACGUCGGGCUCAGCACCAACAACUUGCCGUCUGACGCGACCAACGGUGCCUUCCUCAUUCCGCCCUCCCCAUCCCGCGGCCGUAGCAAGAGUGACACAUCGCUACCCACGCCCAACUGGGACAUCCGCGGCAAUGGUAUCCCCUCCGGCAGCAGCUUGCAGGAGUACGCGAACCACCAUCCGCUCUCAUUCCAGUCGGGCGCCACCGACGACCUCGGCAUUGGCCGCCCCUCGAGUGCAAGCGCAUUGCAGAACACGUUUGCUCAGUCGCAUGGCGCGCCGCAGUAUUCGGCCUCGGGCGUUGGUCCAUUCGCCUCUCCUAUGGGCGGGCAGGGCAGUAGCUCACCUUAUCUGGGUCUGCCCAAUGUACACCCUGGACGCCCAAGUCACCGUCGCCAAGCGCACAGCGAGGAUCUGCGGUACAUGACAGGAGGAACGCAAUUCCUCAGCGCCGACCCCAGGUCGGGUUUCCUCGCGGAACCUAUGCAGCGACUAAGUGGUCACCAUCGCCGUACCAGCUCGGGAAGUCGCGAUCGCUCGAGCCUCAGCAAUAGCCCGCGGGUUAGCCCGUACCCGAGUCCCAGUGCGAGCCCUGCGAUGAGGUACGAGCAGCUGCCGAGCAUCAGCGGACAACACGGCGGUUUAAGUGGAUAUGGCCAACCCGAGUUGUACGCGCCUCAGGAUCAGUACUUGCAGGAGCAAUACGACGGAUUCGCCGUUGUGCCGACUCAGCAAGGAGCCCCGGUCCAGAAGGUCAACGUUACGACGAGUGCUACGGCUGAGGCAAGCUUCCGCCGACGCACGAACGACGCCAAGUUCGCUUGCCCCGUUCCAGGGUGCGGCAGCACGUUCACGCGACACUUCAACUUGAAGGGCCAUAUGCGCAGUCACAAUGACGAGAAGCCGUUCACUUGCAAAUGGCCCGGAUGCAACAAGGGCUUCGCUCGCCAGCACGACUGCAAGCGGCACGAGCAGCUUCAUUCGAAUCACCGCCCAUUUACGUGCGAGGGAUGUCGGAAGCCGUUUGCACGGCUUGACGCACUGAACCGGCACCUCAAAUCUGAGGGCGGCGCUGGUUGCGUCAAGGCGAACGAGGCCGUGCAGGGGCAACAAGCUGCGUCUGGCGACGGGAUCCCUCCGCCUCCGCCGAACGAAGCCGUCUGCACGCUCUUCAGUUCGGCCACACUUGCUACGAUAUCAUUAUUCACGCUCGCGCCUUGGUUUCCUCUGGAUUACCCGUGUCAUGUCUAUGCUACUCUACUCGCUUUGCUACGCCGCCCACAUCGGGCCUCGGAUAAUCGCCUCGACAUGCCCUUGCUUCUCCGGCUGUCCGACCGCUCAACAUCCCCAUUCUUCCCCGUCAUCGUCGGCUCAUCCGAAGGCGGCGGCCCUCCGUCCGCCCACGACGGACUUCUCCGAAGACCUUGGAUCGCCGUGUCUCAGGACGCCGCCCAUACUUGGCCGUCUUCCUUCUCGGGCGCUCCGCUGUACGCGCAGCAGAUGCCGACCGCACGCUAA